GGAGAAUAACGCGUGGCUGGAGAAACAAUUGAAAAACGGAUAAGAUAAUGCAGCAAAAGGAUGAUCAAAUUAUGAAGCUGCAGGCCCAAUUAUUGGAACAACACAAAAUAUUAGAUAACAGCAAAGCUAAGGAUGCUCAAAUUUUGAGUCUACAAACUCAGCUAGGGGAAAAGAACAAAUUGGAACGGAACAGUUUCCAAACAGUGAAGGAGGUUUCUCCAAACUCAUCCCUAACUGAACGUGAGGAUGAAUUGGCAUUAGGUGAACACAGUCAGUUAUUCAGUCUAUCACCUGACAGUGUGUUAAAGUUAAAUUCUGUUAGUGCUGCACUAAAAGAAUUGUUAGUAAUAAGUCCAUGCAGCAAAGAAAGUGAAAAAUUGUGGGACCAUAUUUGGGCUGAAAAUGGGUGUGGUACGGAAACCCAGAAAUGGCAUGAGUUCAACAUAAAACAUGGAUUAGAAUUUUAGUGGGGGAUCAAGUCAAGUCUGGAAGUGUAACAGGAUGGAAGAGUCAGCCUGUAGUUGAAAAAACACAGAGUGCAUUACCAGGUAUGAGGUAAAGUAAUAGAGUGAUGCAAAUUGUCUAAUGAGAAGUACCAUCUUGUGUUAAUGAAUCUGGUACAACAGCAAUCCUUUAUAGUUCUGUCACAGCUAGAAGCCUCAAAUAAUUCUGCUUCUCUUGCUAAAAAACAACUUGUCCUUUACGUUCAGAGUGUUGGUGAAGCUGGGUACUUAAAUGGCCCUAAAGAUGUUUCAUUUCGUUGGCAUUGCAGCGAUGAACAUCAUACAUGGACUUUUUAGGAAAGGAUUUUCAGCAUACUGGGAACACAACUAUCAACAAUGCAACAUUCUACGGGUGCUAUUUUAUCAUUCAAGAACCUUAUACAAUGAUUUUCAUCUGCAAUUUGUAUGGCCUUUCCCAAGCUUCUGCCAGAAGUUGAAUCUAUGAGUCAUGUAAGUCACAUGAGCAACAAUUGAGAUGCUUAAUGGUGUUGUUUUUCUUUUCUCAGCAUAGGUUAAUAGUAACAUUGGAUCUGAAAAGAUUUUUGG